AAAUUGACAUCCGGCUGUCGGAGUGUUUGGCUUCGACUGUUUUUUGUCUCGCAUUAUUUUUAUUAAAAUUUGCGGUUCUUAUUUCGAAAUAUACAUUAAAAUAACGUAAACUAUACGCAUUGAACCCUUAAUUUUAUAUUGACCUAAGAAUAAUAUUGAAAAACUUGGUGGGAAAGACUUAUCUGGACAUUUCGUGAAUUGGAUAGAUCAUUUGUGGAAGAUUUACAAUGGAUAACAAUUUUGAUCCAAGAUAUUUAUCGAUCUUGGCGGAAACGAUAAGGCAACAACAAUUUCAACCUCAGCAAAAUCAGUUCAUGAUGCCGGAUCAAUUUCAGCAACAGCAGUUUCAGCCUCAACAGAAUUUUUCACCACAGCAGUUUCCGCCACACAAUCAGCAACAACAGCAACACCAGCAGCAGCAGCAAGGUCAACAACACCAUCAGCAACAUCAACAAUAUCCACAACAACAAGCACAGCAACGGGAGCAGUCUCCGGGGCAGACUACGCGUGUUCGAAAUGAUACCCAGGUAAAAAAUAAGCAAAACGACGAACCCCCACAGCAAAUAAAAAAUCAGCAACAAUCACAACAGAAGAUUCAACGUCCUCAACAAACUUUUGUUGUUCACACACUUCUCGGAGCCAGAGAAAUUGAACUCCUAAUCAGAGAGUUCAAUCCUGCAAAAAAUUCUGAUCUGUACGCUACAGAGUGGAUCAGUGAGAUUGAACAAUUGGGAACAAUUCACAAAUGGGACUCUUGCCAUCUCUUGCUGUACGCCACCAUGAGAUUGAGUGGUGUAGCCAAGACUUGGUUUGAGUAUUCACUUGAAAGUAUAUCAGACUGGGAAGACUUCAAGCAAGGGCUUGUAAGUAACUUCCCUAGAGCUAUUGAUGCAUCAGAUGUUCAUGCUAAACUCAUAGCGAAGAAGCGGCGUUCUCAGUCGCUUGAAGAGUAUUUUCACAGCACAGUGAAAUUGGCCAAGAGAAUUAAACUAGAUGAUGAUGCUAUCAAAGACUACCUCAUUCGUGGUCUUGAACAACCAAAGCAUCAGAUAGUUCUUUCCUCUAUUGGACCAUGUACUCUUAGUGAGUUUUUGCAGCAUAUGCAACGUCUCGAUGCAGAUUCUACUCCAACAUCAACAAACACCAAACGAAAUCGUUCUCCUGAUGGAUCGACAGAUGAUAGACACAAAGUACGAAGGUCUUAUUCUCCGGAGAGGUCCGAGAGAAAGGAAAGAUCUCGUAAAUGUGCUAUAUGUUCGUCAGGUUCACACUGGACGACACAUUGUCCAGAUCAUCCAAAAAAACUCAAAAAGUCAUCUCGAUAUGAUGAAGGCAAAGGUUCACGAUCAGAUUCAAGUUCUCGAAGUAAUGUUGAUAAAUCCCCAUCUAACAAUUCAGAAACUGCUCCGAAACAAAUAAUGUGCUUUAAAUGUAAAACCAGAGGUCAUAUAGCUAAGAAUUGUCCAGAAAAAGAUGUAAAUUCACGAAAACGAGAUAUGAAGUCUAAGGAAUCCGCUUCGCCAGAUCUUACUCAAGAAGACUGUAAUGAAUUUGACAUUGUAAUUGACGACGAAAUGGAUGAACAAAUUGAUGAAGUCCUUGAUCUUGCUAAUAUGUAAUGUGUUUGCAUAUUAGAAAUUUAAUCAAUAAAUAAAACAUGAAGUAAAGCUGUAGACUAAUUUUAGGUACUAAAAAUUAAAUUAAAUUCUUAAAGACCUAUAAGUACAA